AUGUCUGUGUUUACAUCAACAUGUGCAUAUUAUUAUAUGACAUCAUCAAUUCAAGCUCUGAUUGGUCAAAGAGUUUGGCUAAUUAACAUAUCAAGUGAAAUCUCGCGGGAAUCGAGAGCUAUUGAUAUGUGCGAGAUAUUUCGAGACCUACAUGUACCACGGUCACUCCGAAAUCCAAGAUCGAAUAUGGAUUCUGGUCAAAAUUCUGGAACUACAGCUGUUACAGUUGACCGCUUUUCUUGGUUUUCAGAUCAUCCUAAGUACCAUGAGAUGCUGUCUUGGGGUUUUGAUGAUUCCUCACAGAUAAUUUCAGCGCUUCUGGUCUAUCUGGAUCUUUGUGAAGGAAAGAACUGGUGGCACAUGGAGAUCCAUCCAUGCUGGCCUUUGCGUAUGGCGUAUAUCACUGGUAAAGCCAAUAAGAAAGAUGACUUCACGACAGUCUUGCCUCUUCAAGCAAAGGCUUCUCUCUCUCCAGCAAGUUUGAGAAAUUUUCUUGCUGCCAUAGACACCGAGCAUUGCAACCUUCAAAGUUCCCUGAAGACCCCAUCAAAAGCAGUCAUUCCCGAAGAACACCGGGCAAAGAGGGCGCUAACUCUGGCCAUUACCGAUUCCGAUUCUACCAUAGUCUACUAUAAGAUCAGCGAUGGCCUCGUUUCCCCGGACAGUGGUCCUAAGAUUCCUAACGAGGUGGGGAGUGACGAUGGAGGCAAGGAGGAUGGGAGGGGUAAAGGAAGGGGGAAGGGGAGGGGUAAGGGUGUGAAGAGGAAGUCUGGUCACAGCGCAGUAAGCUGAAGCUGUCCUUGUUUCCCCGGACAGUGGUCCUAAGAUACCAAACGAGGCAGGGAGUAAAGAUGGAGGCAAGGAGGAUGGGAGGGGUAAAGAGGAAGGCUGGUCAUAGUGCAAUAAGCUGUCGUUUCCCCCGGACAGUGGUCCAAAGAUUCCUGACAAGGUGGGGGAAGUGACGCUGGAGGCAACAAGAAUGGGAUGGGUAAGGGAAGGGGAGGGGGAAGGGUGUGAAGAGGUAGACUGGUCAGCUGAAGAUGCCUGCAUCUCAUUGUUGUGCUGCAGAUUAGCCAUGCUUUCUGUGGCCUCUGUGAGAUGUUAGUCUCUGAUGAUUUGAUAAAGCUUGCCUUAUGCUGGAUCAUGUGUUGCACUCGUAUCCGCAGAUGCCAGUGUUGUGGUCUUCAUGGUCAGCCUCGAGGUCAAAUAUGUGGCCAUGUCCGUGAUGUUGGACCGUCAGGCCGUGGCUUUCAAGGUUUGCACACAACACUGGCAGACAGAAUAAAGCAAGUUUCCAGUACUGUCACAUUCCAUGUCCACCCUUGCUGCAAUUUGAUCUGAAUAUAAUAGAGAAACAUCAUACAAGCAUACCACUGCAAAAUUAUAUCAUUAAAUUGGGUGUGAAGUAGGUAAGUUAUGGUGAAUUGAAUUUCCUCAAUCACAAACAGAUAUAUGUACAUGCACAGCACAGGUAAGAUACAGAUGAGAGGGUCGUAUACUCGCCAUAUGCGACUUUUUAAAUGUAAUGCAUAAAAUAUCAAAUAUUUCAUUUUAUAGAUAUGAUAGACAAGAAUCGUUUGAUGAGUUAAAUAGUAACAAUUUCACAGGCUCAAUGAGGCAUCAUCUGACUGUCAAAACAUGUAUAUCAUAAGAGAAGGAAAUGUUAAUCUGUUGAUAUGCAGAAAUAAUAGUGUUUGAUCAGCUUCCUCAUUUCUCUCCUGCCCAUAUUGUGCUUAUAUCACUGUAUGUAUGAAACAAAACAAAACUUACAGAUGCCACAACUUUCUUACUGUAUAUCUGAUUAUGUUCAAUUUUCUUUCAGUGUUAGGUGUGUUUAAUUAAUCUAGUAUUCCAAUCCAAUUGUUUUUAUGUUGGACACAUGCACAAUCAAAAUGUUAAUCCUGUUUUAAUGAUCAAUGUAAAUACUGAGUACUGGAAGGAGAGAUGAACAAAAGGAGCAAAAAAUUAAAUGCUAUUUUCUUUAGUAAAAUGUUAAUCGCUUUGAAGUCACCAGUAUUUUGCUUUGUAUGCCUUGACUUUGGCAACAUCAGAAUGAUUUAAUUAUCUUUACCUUUUAUUAUUGUUAUUCUGUACAUGUCAAGGACCCCACAGGAAAUUGGCUUUCAAGCUUUUGUGGGUUAUCCUGUACAAGCCUGUUGUUUUUACUGCUAUUUUUGUAAAUAUGUUAUGGUGAUUUUCCAAAUUAAAUCAAUCAGUUAUAAUAGAUUCUUGAAAGUCUAUACACAUUCUCAUAAUUCCUCCUCUUGAUGUGAUUUGCAACGAACUAAGAACAAAUUUUUGCCUUUUUGUGUAAGGAGUGUUCACCCUAAAUAGACUGGGCUAUUCCGACGCCUAAGAAGAUGGUGGGGGGGUGGGUCAGCCCCCUUACGAUUCCGUUGAUCGUGUGAUCGCAAUGAAAAUUGGCAGGUGUGUUACCCAUGGCAUAUUCUACAAAACUUUAAAGGAAAAUGAAACCUUUGGAACAUGAUAGCUUGUGUGAAAGCAGA